AGGUGAUUUAUCACUUGCGCGAGUGCGAGAGAGAUAACUGCAAAAUGGUUGCACGGUUUACUCGGACACCCUUGAUUUUUUGAGAAAAAUAAAAGUUACACCUUGUUCUCUGAUAAAAUGAGAAUAGCGUGUAACUCAUAUUUUCUUUCAAAUAUCAAGCUACUCGGAAUAAACCGUGCAACAGGAUUUUUACCGGCACCCUUUUGGAAAUUGCUACUAGGGAAUCUCCCUUGGAAUUUUUGAAAUUGAAAUUCUCUGACACGAUAAUUGUGUGCUAUAGGCAUUUUGAAAAUGUCGACCCCACUGUCUAGGGAAGAAGUGCAGAACCUCUUGUCUUACCUGUUGAUAACAAGGAAAGAGACGUUUACAACAGGUGUGCCGAUAAUUAAAUUGGACCUUGACUUCAAAGAAGAAACUGGUAUACACAUACCGUUCAGAGAAUUUGGUCAUGGAUGUCUGGUGGAUUUUCUACAGAGUUUAACUGGUGGAUUGAGCAUAAGACCUUACAACGGAACGCAUUAUGCUUAUCCGGUAGUGUCGGAGAAAACGAAUCAUGUGAGUAAUCUGGUGGCUGAUCAGAAUCACAGAAAAAUAGCUUCAUAUCGUCAUGAGGAAUAUAAACAGCCACAACCUCGAGAUACCUCCACAAGCGAAGAAUCUCGAGCCAAUGACCAGCCUUCACGAUUUAAUGGAGGAAAAGCCAUCUGCAAACCUGCUGGAUUUUCCUACAGCGAAGAUGAUGACUAUAGCAAAGAUUUCUAUGCCGAAGUGGAUGAAAACACUGUGCAAAAGGAGGACGAUAAACCAAAAGAGAACCAUCCAUCCAAUGAAAAAACACCCGUUUAUUCCACGUCCAGUUCUGAAAAAAAUGAGACUGCAAAGUGUCCACCAGGUUUCCAUGAGCUGAAAGAAUCAACCUCCACCAACGACAACGCAACCGAUAACGAAGCGAUAAGCCAUCUCAUUAACGAACGGACGCGACUCCGCCUGCAGAAACUCAUCGAAAAACAUCCCGACGGAAUCUGGUGCACUGAUUUGCCUGAAUUAUACCGGAACGAAUAUACGAUUCCUCUCAACUACAAAGAACUUGGCUUCGUCAGCGUUAUCGAGUUUGUCUCUCAUCUGCCAGGGAUCUUUCAAUCAACGAGACCACAGGACAAAGGGGAUUUCAAAGUGUAUAAUGCUAAAACUGGCAUUUCAGACGCUAAGCCUCGUGAGAGGCCUAAAGUUCUCAGUCUCGCUUCUCUUUACAACAUCUAUGAACAGAGUAUCGAACCAACUGAAGCAAUCCCAUCUGUUUUGUCUAAAUCAACAAUGGAUAAACUUAUCCCCCCCGGAGUGAUGACUGCGGACGAGACUGUUGGGCAAAUUUGUGUCACCAUGUUGAAUUGUGGGAUUAACGAAUACAUCGACGUGACAGUUUGCGACGUUUAUACACCGACAUUCUUUUGGAUACAAUUGCUCCGGCGAAUCCCCAAAUUCCAAAUCUUCAUGAACGAACUUCACGCUUUUUACGAACGUAAGGCUAAAGAGUACGUGCUGCCAUUGGCUGUGAUGAGGAAAGGGAUGAAUUGUGCUUGUACAUAUGAUGGUAAAUGGCACAGAGCCAUUAUCAAGACUGUCAUGCCAGACAAUUCCGUUACCGUCUUGUUUUACGAUUAUGGAACCAUCAUGAGUAAUUAUCCAGCAGAAUCCAUACAUUAUUUGCAUCGCAAGUUUUCAAAUAUACCAGCGCAGGCGAUACCUUGCGGCUUGUACAACGUAAAACCUGUGUCAGGAACUCAAUGGCCGCGGAACGUCGUAUGCGAAUUUGUUAAUAAAACAAGGAACGUGCCGCUCGUUGCUACAAUAGCUUCGAUAGACGCAGAGACGAAUUCGAUGAUGGUGGGUUUGACAAACACCGACGGACCCGAGGAUUUCCACAUAAACGAUUGGAUAGUUCAAAGCGGUUUCGCGGUUUAUGGAUCUAUGGGCAAAACGGUUGACAUGAGCGAAAGGCCUUACAACCAAUCAUCAGAAUCGAGGUCAUACGGAACGAGUCAAGGACAGAACGGUUUGAGCUCUAUUUCGGAAGAGAAAGAACCGAGUAUAACGGAUUUCACGUUCGCGAAAAGCAUUAUCGAAAAGCCAGGUUUCGAUAUUCAGCAACACAUAAACAAGUGGAUGAGAAUAUCAGCGGCGCGAUUGAAAUUCGAUGUUGAAUUAUUCUUGAAGAAUGGCUUUUCUGCAAGGCCCGACGUGAUGAAAAUUUUCGAAGAAAUCACUGAACUUUUACGACCAAUUUGUUCGUCGAACGACCCGUCGAACGAAAUUCCAGGAUUCACUGUGUCGCCAUCCGUUCAUAAUUUUGCGGAGCGUACUUUUGGUUCAAAAACAACCUUCGAGCCUGGAAAUUUCCAAUUCAAAGAUACGAAUCCCUUUAGACUCGAUGUUUUGUCGGAAAUGAAUUCGCCAUCUCUGUCAGAAAAAUCUCAACUGAAAGGGCCUCGUAGUGCGAGCAUUUCACCACACGAAGAGACCAGAGCUCGAACCGCAGCCUCGAAUGAUCUACGAAUCUGGACCAGUUAUGUACAAAAACGAGAAUAAAAACUAUUCUAAUUACAUGGAGAAAACGAAGGAAAUUAUGAAGGAACGACAAAAACUAAUCGAAUCGAAAGGGGUCAACGUUGAAUCGUCGAUCGAAAGUGGCUUCCAUGCGAACAACAAUUAUUCUGUUGCAUCAACGCCGCCCACAGGUCCUCCCGCGCAAACUUUGCCUGUUUUUAACAAAACACCCAUCGAACGAGUUGUUUGCAACGGUACUCAAUUUUCUAACAACAAUUCGUCGCGUUCUCCAUCGGAUUGGCUCGACUCAAUCGACAGCGCGGUCGCAUUCCAGAAAAAAAUAAAAUCACCAUCUGACUCGAAAAAAAGCCGAUUUCAGACAAUGCGAGAAAUUCCCGAUGCUGAGCAGCUCGCAGAAUCAAACGCAGUGGCGCCGAAAAAAAUAACUUCCCAAAAUCAAGAUCACUUGAGCGUUAGGAAAAUUCCACUUCAGUGAACGUACAGAGGGAUCAAUUCAACAAAAUCGACCAGUUCCUAGUCCUGGUACCGCUGAAAAGCGCCCUUAAAAUUCUCCAUAAGCUAAACAUGAUCAAGCCAAAACAAGUCACUCUAACAGCUAUAAGGAUCAGAUUUAUCCUGAGACAUCUCCGGUGCUCUAUGACAUUCGAACGGUGAUAAAUGCUUGGGGCCAGUAUCAACAAGAGUGUCCAAGAUCGUAAUUAGCGUUUAUGAUAGCACAAAAAGAUUAUCAUUACUAUUAUCAUACAAUUUUUUUUUGUUCAAUUCCAAUUCCAUGGACCUUCUCAGCGAGAAAAGUAUUACGUCGCAGAUUAUUUUGUAUUCCUCUGACGGUCCUAGGAAUUUGUUUUUAUUUUUAGUUUAUCAACGGAAUAAUGUUUCAUUUAUGAUUUUAAUUACUAAUUAAUUGCUGAUAUGACUUAUGAGCUUAACGUGUAAUGUUUUUUCCCAAAAACGUACUUUCAUUAGAGAAUAAUAAGGGUAAUUAAGGGUACAUUGGCAGUGUACAUUUAAUCGGUAACUAAAGGUGUUAUACGAGAAUAAGUUGAAAAUUGUGAACGGUUUUUUUUCUGAGAGAAGCGCGUUGUUUUGCAGUACAAUUAAAAAAAUGUUCUCGUAUC